ACGAUGACAGAGUGACAGUUGUGUUUGUGAUUGACUCCUUGCUCCUGUCAUUAAUGUCUGUAUAGUACUAAUUUGAUAGCAGAUAAACGGGUAAAACGAAUAACGUGCUUAUCUGUACACAUCGGUGAAAUCCCUGACUGUCUUUGUCACUUUAUCGCUAGCGAUAAGGUAUAAAAUCGAAUGAGUGAUAUUCGUCCAAAUAUGCUCCACUUGUGAGGUUUUAGUGUAGUCCAACUUCCAUUUUAGUUAUUAAUUUUAGUUUAAUAUAGUGCGUAAGUUGGUUUUUAUGGUGCAUAGCGUGAUGUGGCGUAUGGACUUCCUACAAUUUUCGUCGCUUGACAGUUUCCUGGGUCAAUCGUCACUGUUGAACAAUUAUGGCAGUGUUUUUUUGUUAAAAUUAUUACGAAGCUUGUAGUAAUUCCACCCCAGGAACUGAAAGGUGUUGUUGAUGCUAUUGCCAUAAACAAUUUCGUUACGGUGCUCCAUGAUGUGGCUAAAAUUAGUGACAAUAUUAUGGAAAAAUUUAGUAAUCAGAAAACGACAUUGGGUUUUAACUAUUAGCGAAAUCGUAAUCCCCAUAAUUCUAUUUACUUUGGUGGCUUAUGGAAGGUCAAAAAUUAGUGGAAUGAGUAAAAUUCAUAUCGAAGAACCUACAUACUAUGACGUCACUGAUACAGACAACAUAUACUCUCAUUUAGAUGUUGGCGAACUGAACUUUUGGUAUGCACCACGCACGAAUUUUACAAGAGAGAUAGUAAAUAAAGUUCAAGACAAACUUCAAAUACGAGGAGAUAGUGUAAAAGAGUUUGAUUCCACCAGUGAACUGUUGUUAGCGUUUGGAAAAAACGCAACAACUCUGAUUGCUGCUAUUAAUUUUGAUGUCAACGAUAUACAUCAUUUAAACUACGACCUAACAAUUUACGAUAAAUAUUUUAGAUGGAACACAGAUAAAUUAUUUAUACCUUUGUUCUCUCCGGAAGAAGGAAGAAUGUCUAGCUAUAUGUAUAAAGGUUUUGCUGCGUUACAAGUGGCCAUAGAUAUGUCUUUCAUGGAGUUCCAUCUCGAUAAGGAUAAAGGAAAGGAACAUAAAAGGAUAGAUUUUUCUUUACAACAAUUCCCAGACCCACCCCGCACUGUUGAUUCCGGGGUCAAUCAACUAUUUGUUCACUUUUUGCCAAUUGUAACUAUUUUCAGUUUUAUAUUUUUAUGCCCGGCAGUAUUACAACGAGUUGGAGAAGAAAAAUUUUCAGGAACUAAAGAAUAUAUGAAAAUGAUUGGUCUGAAGUCAUCUUUAAUUUGGUUGGGGUGGUUUAUACAUGCUUUGAUGACCAACACAUUCUCCAUCAUAAUAAUUGUGGUAUUAAUGAAGGUACCGUUUUGGGGAGUCUCAUAUCCACCAAUAGAACAUUCAGAUGGCACCGUUUUGUUUACAUUCCUGUUUUUGUACUGUAUGGCAGCUAUAACCUUCUGCUUUUUUAUCGCUAGUGUUUUCAACACACCAUCCGUGGCAACAGUAGUCGGAAUAUUGUUGUGGCUUCUUUCAUACUUUGUACCACAGUCAUUUAUAAAUUCCCGUGAAGCUUUACAGUGGAAAUACAAAAUGCCUUUCGCCCUUUUUCCUAAUAUGGCACUUUCUUAUGGAUACUCUUCUAUAUCAAUAUACGAAAUGAGAGAGGUUGGUAUUCAGUGGAAUAAUAUUUUCCAGCCAGGAAGUGGAGACGAUAACGAUAUAACGAUGGGAAAUGUGUUUAUAACAUUGAUAUUCGACAUGAUAUUAUUCAUGAUGCUCACACUUUACAUUGAAAAUGUUAAACCAGGAGAAUACGGAAUUUCAAAACCAUAUAAUUUCCCGUAUACCAAUUUUGUCUCUUUUCUAAAAAAAAGUGUUGUACAACUGAAACGAUGUCUUGAGCAUCGGGUUCAAAACUCAUCAGAAAACACAUUACUACAAGACCCAGAAAAGGGAUGCACAUCAACACAAACACCGUGUAUUCAAAUUGUUCAACUUAAUAAGAAAUAUGGCCAUCAUGUGGCUGUAGAUGAUUUAACAAUGGAUAUAUACAAAAAUCGCAUCACAGUGUUAUUAGGUCAAAAUGGUGCAGGAAAAACUACGACAAUGUCUAUUCUAACAGGAAUGAUCAACGCAACAAAAGGCGCGGUGUUAAUUAAUGGCCAAAACAUUAAAACUCACACAGAUGACGUUAGAAAGCUAAUGGGACUUUGUCCACAACACAAUCUCCUCUUCCCAGAUUUGACUGUUAGGGAACACCUAAAGUUUUUUGCAAGAUUGAAAGGGUCGAAAACUCGUGAUGACGAUUCCAUUGAGAUGUUAAAAAUUCUUGGAAUAGAGGAAAAAGCAAAUGAAAUGGCAAACGUCUUAUCUGGCGGGAUGAAACGUAAGCUCUGUCUUGGAAUGGCUUUAAUUGGGAAUUCAGAGGUUUUGAUUUUGGAUGAACCGACAUCCGGAAUGGAUCCAGAAUCACGUAGAAAAAUCUGGAAUUUGCUACUGGAAUAUAGAAAAACUAAAACCAUAUUGAUAACAACACACUUUAUGGAAGAAGCUGACGUACUUGGAGACAUGAUAGCUAUCAUGGCAAAUGGUCGAUUACAAUGUUACAACACACCACUAAACUUGAAGACACAAUACAAUACUGGUUACCACUUAAAUUUGUUACUUGAUACAAAUAGUGAUAAAAAUGAAAUAGAAAAAACCGUUAAAUUCCAUUUUCCGGAAGUUAGAGAGAUUCGUAGCAGUGAAGACUCUAUUGUAUAUUUGUUACCACUUAAGAAAGGAGCGAAGUAUGCACAAGUGAUUGAAGCUUUGGAAACGAAUCAAAAUACUUUAGGAAUUAAGAACAUCAACAUGGAUUUAACAACUCUUAAUGAUGUGUUUUUAAAAGCAUGUGACACCAGUAAGGACCAAGACCAAAUUGAUGGGGAAAAUAAACGAGAAGCAGAAACUUUAUCAAUGAAUGCUUGGGAAACAAAUUCGCCGGGUAUAUUGCUCACUGGAAAUCAAUUUUCAGCACUAAUGAAAAAGCGUUGGUACUUUUUUCAGAAAAAGUUCUACUGGUUUAUCCCAGCAAUUCUUGUUUCCAUCAUCAUUUUCUUAUUGGCGAUUUGGUUAGGAAUGUCAGAUUCAGACAGUUAUGAUAGUGGUGGUCCACCAAUGAACUAUUCAUUGCAAGUAUAUGGAAAACCCAAAGUAUACUAUGGUGGUGAAAAGUCUUCAGAUCCUUUAACCAAUAACUUGAGAAAUUACUAUAAAAAAUCUGUAAUCGAUGAAAAGGCAGAAGCUGUGUACAGUGAAGAUAUUUCCGGUGAUAUAAUAAAAGAAGGCGUCAAAAACAUAGCAUUUUACAAGAAGCACAUGAUCACAGCAAUUGAAUUCAACAGUACUUCAGACGGAAAAGGAGUAAUUGUAAAUGCCAUGUAUUCAUCUGAAACAGUGCAUGGGAUACCUAUUUCCAUCAAUCUUGCAAUGAAUGCCAUUGCUAAAGCGUCGCUUGGUGGUAGUUUUUCAAUUACUACACGUAACACUCCUCUGAAACCACUGUACUCUCAAGAUGCACCUUCAGAAUUAUCCCUCGUAAACGUUGCAAGUGUGUGGUUAAUCUUAAUUCCUAUAAGCAUGUUUUUCUUCGUGAGCAAUUUUAUCGUAUUUCCCCAUACAGAAGUAUCAACAGAUUUUAUAAAGAUUCAAACGAUUGCAGGAAUUCAAACAUAUUUCUAUUGGUUAAUAAAUGUUGUCUUUGAUGUAUUAUUUUCAGUGCUUCCGAUGGCGACACUGUGUAUUUUUUUGUUAUUAAUAAAUCAACUUCUUUAUAACGGACAUGCUUUCCAGAAAGCAGAGAUCGCGGCAAUGUUUACGAUAUAUGGAACUUACAUCAUAGUGGCUUUGCCAUUUACCUAUCUAUUUAGUUUCCGAAAAACAGUAACUGGAGGUUUUGCCCUUCUUCUUAUGUUGGGAAUUUUUUUCGGUAUUGUUCCGUCGAUAAUCAUCGUUGCAAUGGAAUUUUCGCAACAAGAGUAUUAUAUUAACAUUGCAAAGUGCUUAACACCCAUGUUAGUAGCAAUAAGUCCACAAUUUGCUAUGAGUUACAUAAAUGUUAAGUUUGCGAAGAAAUACGUUGAAAAUUUCAACUGGAAAUACAUGGACCCUAGAAAACGAAGUCAUAUUUGUAACACCGAUCCAAAUCCCUGCUGCAGUGAAGAAACAACUUCUUGUCACAAAUACCAAAAUUAUUUUCGAAAUGAACAGUUGGGAAUUGGGAAUGAUCUAGCAAUAAUGCUCGUGGCAUUUGUUGUAUAUUUUGCCCUUCUAGUUUUCAUGAGCAGUGAACCUUACAAAAAAAUUAUGCAUAUCAUGAAAUAUCCACGCUCAUUUAAAAUAAUUAAUAACCGCCACGAAAAUAGUAAAAGCGAUGAAGACUUCAACGAAGAUGCAUCUCUUCAAGUUACAAAUUUAACUAAAACAUUUGGAAACAAAACUAUAGUGAAGAACUUAAAAUUUUAUUUAAAAAAUAAUAAAUGUUUUGGAUUACUCGGUGUCAACGGUGCUGGAAAGUCUACCACAUUCCGCAUGCUAACGAAAAAUUUAUUUUUCGAUGACGGCAGUAUUGCUUUAAACUCGCAAAGCAAAGAAAAAGCAAUAACGAUAAACCAACCAGAGUACUGUCAAAAAAUUGGUUAUUGUCCUCAAGAAGAUUGUUUGAAUUAUUUUCUAACUGGACGAGAACUAAUACGUGUUAUGGCAUACUUAAAAGGUUACUCGGGUGAAGACGUAAACAAAAUAACUGACAGUUUAUUGACUUCUUUUGGUUUAAAUUCUUACGCUGAUAAACCGUGUUCUGAGUACAGCGGAGGAAACAAAAGAAAACUAAGCUCUUGUAUAGCGUUUUUAGGAUCUCCUAAAGUCAUUUGCCUCGAUGAACCCACAAGUGGUGUCGAUCCAGCAAGUCGACGCAAAUUUUGGGGUGUAUUAUCGUUGUUCAAGCAAAUGAAAGGGACAUCUUUUUUGCUUUGCUCUCAUAGCAUGGAAGAAUGUGAAAAUUUGUGUGAUGAAAUAGCAAUUAUGAAAAGUGGUGAAAUUAAAGAUCAAGGGAGUCUUUUACAUCUGAAAAAUAAAUACCAAAAAGGAUUUAAAAUCGUUGUGACACUUACAAGUGAAACAAACAACUCAGAAGAAAUCAAAGAACACAUGUCAGAAAAAUUAAACGCUCGGCUUAAAGAGGAAUACGCUAAUACGUUAACUUAUGAAGUCGUUGAUGGUAACCCAAGGUUGAGUAGAUUGUUUUCCGACUUACAGACAAUGAAGGAUAAGUAUAAAGAACAAGUAGAGGAUUAUGCAGUGAACCAAAUUUCAUUGGAAGAUAUAUUCCUAACCGUUGCCGAAGAAACCUAGGUUUGUGGGACCAAGAACACAAUGUGGGUAAAUGCUUGAAUACAAUUCUGUUGACAUAGCAAUUUGCUUCUGCAGAACUGCGCGGUUUAGAGAUGAUCGACAAAUGGUGGGUUGUAUAAGUCAUAAAUAAUAAUAAUUAAAUAUCCAAUCUAUCAGUAUCUUCGAGAAUAAGAAUUUAUAGUUCAUUAUAUUAGUUGUGUUCUAAAAUGUAAGUUCAAGCAAGCACGUUGUUUGUGAUUUUUUUUUAUAAAAGAAGCCAAAGAUUUAUACACUAGUACUUAAAGAAUUGUUAGAUUAUUUUCUGUGGAAUUCGACACAAAAAUAUCUCCACAGAAAUUACCGGUUCCAAAGCUUCUGGUUUUUAUUGUAAACAUUACCUACUUGUUUUUUGUACAAAUGUUUUUUUUUUGUGUGUGUUUGCUUUCUCUUUGUGGAAAUUAGCCAGCACUAGAACAAACAAUUUUAAACGACUUUCUUGGAAACAGCAAAAUGGGGGUCCUUUUUCCAAAAAAUUUUGUUCCUAAACUGCAUGUCAUCAUCGAAUGAAUUGAUCUGUGUAAAAACUUGGGAACUCAGAUUUGAGAAGUUUGCUAUUUGGAAAAUAAACUUGCCGCACAACCAAUUAUAUCUCAACUAAAUUUCCGAGAAUGUUUGCAGAGCAAAUUAUAACGAUUUUGUGAAAUUUUGUCAAUUUUUUGAGGUACUGACUUUUUUAAGUGCAUAUAUUUAUGUUAAAAUGCGAUUUUUGUUUUUAAACUUUUAUUGUAAUUCGAAUUUUUUCUUUAAUUCUACUCUUUUUUUGUUAUUUAUUACGUCAUAUUUUAAAAUUUCCUAGUUUUACCUGCGUGUUUAACAAUUGUACACAAUGCAUUGGUGAUUGUAUUCAUAUCUUUAAAUUUCUUAAAAAAAAAUCUUUAUUAUGUGCGCGAAACGUGCGUCGAAAUUUUCAAUAAACGAGAUCAUUUAUUACUGAAAAUUUUGAAAUUGAUCUAAAACAGAGUUGUUGAUAUUCUGAAAUUAUUUAUGAACAAUAAAGCUAAUCAAUUAAAGGAAUUUUAUUCUAAUUGAGUAUUUUUAAAAUCAAGUUGUGUCGCAAACAAUCAAAACUGCGAAAUAUAAUUUGCGGUUGGUGUUAGAGGCAUCGCUUGAGUUUAAAAAUGUUUGUUACAGCAAAUAGUUCCUUACAAAAAUUGUUUUUUACAACUUUGCCGCUGUUCAACUUCAGAAUCUUCAAUAUUUAAAAAAUCUCGCUUACUGAAAAUUUCGCUACACCUUUUGUGCAGGCAAUAAAGAACGAAAUUUAAAGGCAGCAAUACAAUCAAAGUUGUAUUUAUUUAUUACUACUUACUAUUGAUCUUGGUGAUUUUGAAGAAUUUGUAAAUCCUAUUCAUGAAUGUCAAAUUUUAGCUAGAAAUAAUAUUUUGGUCGAAUUUUAUCAGUUCUGGAGUAUAUUUCGACUUGUUUUUUGCUAGUUAAACUCAUUGGGGUCAGUAAAUGAUGUACCUUACUUAACCGUUGUAAUGGGUAUAAUUCAACUUGCACCCUGUAGCACCCGACGACUAAAUUCAAAAUGAAAUACGAGUAUCUACCAGAAAUUCUUGAAAUCAUGUUUAUUUAAAUCCAUGCUCAUUAAAAAAGUCAUUUUACUACAUUAUUAGUUGAACUUUUUUGAACAAUGGCCAAAACAAUUGUAAAAUCCCUCUAUAAAUUAGUAAAAAUGACUACAAUAUUCGAUAUUUAACGUCUGAAACACUUCACAGCAUGAUUGGUUGCAAAUCUUAAUAAAAGUAUAUAAACCGAGACACACGGUGAUUCUAGGUCCUCUAGGUCAUAAAAACCAAGCUGUUUCGGUGAAUACUUUUACAGCACCCCUAAACGUUAACAACCGAAUAUUGGAGUCCUUUUUAAUUAUUUCGAAACGAACAUAAAAACAGUAACAAUAGAAGUAUGUUUGGAAUUUUUGAAUCUUCGUACACAAAAAAAAUUGUAUAUUGUUUCCUAGAGAGAUGAAGUAGUAUAACUUUCGCAAAUAAAUUGUGCAUUUUUUUUAUUAUUAUUGUUCAUUCUAAAUUCAGGGAAAAAUUGUUGACCUCAUAUUUUAUUCACUGAACUUUGUUGGACAAAGACCGUUUACGUAAUCAUAGAUAAAAUUUUCUUUCCCCUUUACCAAUAAACAACUAAAGCAUCUUAAUUAUCGUAAGCACAUUACUCAUAACGGUAAUGUUUUCAAAUGAAAACAGAAGCUUAAAAAUUCUGUUGACUAUUUUUGAAAAAAAUUAAAAAAUAUUUGAAUAAAAAAUUACCAAAUACAUUGCUAUGCAAUGUUUUAAUUCACUGAAAGGCAACUUGGUAAAAACUGCGUCAGUGUAAUACUUGUGAUACAUAUGUGAUAAAUUAUAUAGUUUAGGGUGAAAUGAAUCGAUUGGUUUUUGAAGUCGGUGCUUGCUAAUUUUUUUUAUAUAUAUAUUUUUACAACUUUGUAAUUGAUGGGUGAGUUACCUAGCUUAACCAGUGUUUCAAUGAAUAUUUAUAUAUAUUUAUAUCUCUAAACAUGACUUCCGUUUUUCAAAUGCAGCCUUUGAAACUACUGAAUUUUUGCCCAUGUAUUUAGUACUAGCUUUAAGUUAUUUACAUGAACAAGAGACAUAAAAUAUGAGUUAAUUUAUCUAGCCUGGGCGAUUUGUUCCACGUUGUUUUUUUUUUAACAAUGAACUUCAAUUGCGUUAAACUCAGCGCCCACCAGAUUAGUUUUGAAUGUAGUGCUUUUGUAUUAAUUUUAUUUCUAUUUGAAGCCUAACAACAAAAUUUUGAGCAGACACAUAUUUAUUUAUUUUAUAGAUAUAUAUAUAACCGGUUCUUCUUGUACCGUUACGUGUUGAGGGAUUAUUUUAUAGAUAUAUAUUUUAAUGUUAUUGGUUGCGUGGUAAGCAAGAAAAAAAGCUACAGCCACAGUGGAAGUCGAACCUACGCCUUACUACUAAACUAUGCGGGCUGCUUAUCUUUCCUCGCUUACAGUUCAGUUAUAAUAGAACAUAAUAAGGGAGGAGUGGUACCGAUAAAAUGUGUAUAUAUUAUUUUAUUAUUGCUGAUGAGUAUGAAAUAAGUUUAAGAAUAUUGAUAACAAGGCCUUUCGCUUUUGUUGUAUUCUAUACACAGACUAAUAAACUUAAAAAUAAACUUGUCUUUCUAUAAUUUAAUUAUUUACCUAAAUAUAUAUGAACCGUUCAAACUUUAACUUCUAAAUCAUAGAAGGAGAAAAAGUCAAAAGUAUGUUUGUAGAUGUGUAUAAGGCGGAAAUAACCGCCGUCCACCGUUUGUACUUAGAUUGCAUGCUUGAGUUGCUUAUGGUUGUAUGAGUGUGUGUUAAAUAAAUAUUCUUGUAUCA